GUUGUAGUUGGUUAUGUUUGAUCACUGCGAUUAUUUUUACUUUAAACGUGCCGUACGCCAAUAAGAAUUCGGUUGUAAAAACAAGUUUAAAAGCCGGUUGCUAAGUUUGAUAAUUUGUAUCUGAAUGUGUACAUGUAUGUGUACGGCAACUCCUUUGGUUGUAAACUGUGACAUAUAGAACCCGGAAAAAAGGCGAGGAAACAUCAACGGUUUUUCUACAUCGUGAGCCUUUCGUGUCGCUCUGCAUUUGUAUACACAAUUGUUCGGUUUGGUGUGCAUUUAACUUGUGAAAUUUCUGGAAGUUCUGAAAUAAAUCCGCGGUUUAUUUCUUAAUACCAUUCGUGUAUAUAAAUUCUAUUUUAAAGUGUGCGUAAAAAUUUUAAAUAAUUACAAAGAGUUAAAAGGAAAAGAAAAACAGCCUAUCCGAAGUGUUUAGGAAAAAUCGAAAUCAUACGAAUUACAGAAGAGUGCUAAAACGACGCCCAAGAAUAAUUGCUGUCCACAGGAAGCUAUUGCAAAUUUCGCGUGUAGAGAGUGUUACAACAACUAAUCAGUUAUCAGUACGUGUAACGUUAUUGGAUAACCCGUUGCUGAGCAGUGCUCACUCAAGAGUUAACCGGACUUUUAACGCGCAUAUACAAUAGCAACUACAAUAGUGGUUGCCCUUUUUAGCAUAUACCAAAAAUUUAUGCGCUCUACCGCAACGGCGGCGUCAAAGGUGUAUAGCCGACGGAGUCGUUACAGUUAUAGCAGCAGCAGCAGCUGAAGACAGGUGAAAUCCAGCUACGCUUCAGAAUGCUAUUUGCAGCCUGCACCCAUGCAGCGCCGAAUCCGCUGCAGCAUACUGCUCAUGUCGCCAACAAUUUGGGGCAACAGCAGUUGACGUCUCUGCAACAGCUGAAGGAUCAACAUGCGAUGUCCUUAUCGUCAUCGUCGUCGUCUUCGGCUAUGCAAACGCCGGCGCAAAUGUCGCCACAACAUCAAAUUGCAGCAACAGGAAAUUCAGCUGCAGCGGUAGCAGCGGCAGUGGCUGCGCGUGCCAAUGAGGAGGCUAAAGAAGCAAUGCGUAAACUCGACGCCACAUUGGUCGCCUACUUGGCCGGCGAGACUAAGUUGCAAUCGAAGCAAUUGGAGCCGGAGCUGGAGCUGGAUUUGAAUUCGCAGAAUGAGUCGAACGUCGACGACAACGAUGAAUAUGUUCUGGAAGAAUUCGCCGAUCCCGUCGUUGAAACGGUUGAGAAUAUCACACGUGAAGAAUUGCAGCUUUUCAGGCGCAUCAAAAGCAUGAAACUGCAAUUGGAAGCGCUUACACUAGAGCCAGAGGGCACUAAACGUAUGGAGCUGCUGCAAAAUGAUACACGUCCGAUAUUCACCGUUGAGUGUCAGCUAUCGCAUGAAUUGAUCCAAAAUUUGCCACGCUACGAAAUGUUCCACAUUAUGCAAUUCGAAUCGGAGAAAUUCCAAAGCCUAACGCAGUGCACCCGUUUCGGUCAGGAGGCUCAACGCGACAUCAACCUAACGCCACUCAUCGAUGAACUCGACAAUACUUUGAAUGGCAAUGGCAACGGCAACGCUGCAGCGGCUGGUGAUGCGCCCAACUUUGGACGCAUACACUUUGCCGUCUGGUGGCGCGAACCGGGCACUUGCCUCAAUGAAAUGCUCGGCAUGGGCGUAUUCGAAUUACGCGAACUCUACGAUGCCGCGCUGUUGGAGCAGUGCAAACGCAUUACGAUUCAGCGACGUGGCGUGCCGCUGGCCAAUAUCUAUUUGAAAAUCAAUCUGCUUUUGUGUACUUUGGCUGACACCAACAACAACAACAAUGCAGCCGAUUUGAGCUAUGAGGCAGCCUUGCAAGCCAUGAAACAACAGCCAGGCGGUGGUAAUAAGAGAAAGGGUGGCAGCGGCAAGGGUGCCGCACAAUCUUCGGCAUCUGGCGCGGCGGCUGCCGCCAAUACCUCUGCCACCUCCUCGAAUACUACAGCUAAACAAGCCAACACCAAAGACAACAAUAACGAAAAAGUCGGCACAAGCGCCGGCUUUAAGGAUGAAACGCUGAAAAUACGCCUAUUAACGGGUUUGAUCUGCGCCACUAAGGUGAAGUAUUUGGAAGACACGGCGGAUAAGCAAUUUGACCUAAUGUGUGAGCGUUUUUGGAGAGCACAACCCUCCACAGCAAAUGCCAAAGGUGCCAGCCAGUUCUACUAUCAAGAGCAAUUCUCCAUUUUACGUGACACGAACUUCUUGAAUCAUGUCAGAAGUAAACAUUUACGUAUACUGAUUUACCAACAUCUACUAAGCAAAGUGUUUGCCGAUGGAAAUGGUAAUAUGGAAGAUUUGGCAAAAUUGGAACCUUGGGGUUUAGUCUUAUUGCCGUUGCAAAAAUUCUAUAUAGCAUUUAGUAACGAUGAUAUGGCAAAUCGUAUGAUUAAAGAGAAGAUGCCUGUUAUAUCUUUUGACGCUUGGGCAACCAUUUAUGGUUCGGAUGGACAGGCGAAGGGCGAAAUCAAAUGUCUACUAGCAAUUGGUAGUGAACAGCAGAUAAAUGAGCUUAAAAAGCAACGCGAUAUCAGACCCAUACACUCCGACAUAUUUAACAAUCUGGGUGCAAAUUGUGAUAAUCCACUAUUUGGCACACUUCGUAUGCCGACCAAGAACUGUAAGCAUGCGCUUGCACACACUGACAAACAAGACAGUAUUCGCGCCACAGUAGAGUUGAUGGAAAUGUUACAGGAGGCAUUACAAAAGAACAAUAAGACUAAGGAAAGCAAUGAAACACCAGACACGUCACCGUCACCGCCACGGGCGACAAAAACCUCAAAACUAAGUACAGAAACAGUUCCAAGUAUCAUUGAGGAUGAUGCGCCAUCUACAUCACAGGCCGCUGCUGGGUUAUCAAAACCUACAUCAGCAACUUGUACAACCGAUGCUGAGGUGGCCGAGGGCAAUAAACCGAUGGAAAAGUCAUUCAAAUUUGAGCUGACAAUAAAUUGUGCCGUUGGAUUGACACUAAAUCCUGGCGAUCGUUGCAAGCCUGGUUCAAAAGAAUGUAAACGUUCGAUUUCGAAACGUUUUCCGCCAGGUGAACCGCCAUCUACGUACGUCACAUUCCAGGCGAUCGACUGCGUAGGUAGUAGUGGAUGCUAUAAUUCACAUGAGGGGAACGUAUAUGCCACGAAGGUUGCGGUACGCUCUCUAGUACCGCAUUGGUUACAAACUUUUACGGUCACUGUGGACGGGGAACAUUUGACAAAUAUCCGGAAAACUUUCGUUUUGAAGUUAUGGAAGAAGGCGAAUGUGCCAUCAGCUAAUGACAGCGGAACAAGUACCACCACAGAAUUGGUCCCCACGCCGAAUGACGAUGCCAUCAUCGGUUAUACAACUUUGAACUUGCAUAUUUUCGUGAAGGGCCUGCAAUUAGCUGGAGUUUUCAAUGUGUUCGAUUUCAAUGGACGCAUUACGGGAAGGUUAGAGCUACAAGCCAAACCCGCGGAUGACUGGUAUGUGGAGCAUAUGAUGGAACAACUUUGGCAGACAACACAUAAAGAACAACCAAAUAUGGUAAAUAAAACAAAAACUCCGGCUGGUGCUGCUGCACCAUCUAAUUAUGAUGCUGCUACUAUUACUCUUCCUGAUGCUGCUGCCGCUCAUGAUUCACAAGUUGAUGCUGAAAUUUACGAAAUGGGAAAAUCGCUCAAAAUCAAUCAUCUAAAUCUUAAUGAAGCUGUCAAUAUUCAAUACAAAGAUUUGACAAAAAUAACUGAACGUUUGCGCGCGCGUCUUACUGACGUGACUGGUACAGAUUUGCCAGAUGUGUUUAAUAUGGGUACUCUAAAUGAUUAUCAACCACUAAAUGAAUUAGAUGAAGACGUAGAAAUGGAUUGUGAUUUCUAUGAAUUUCAGCGCGAUAUUAACGAUCCAUCAGCAGCUGCAACCGACAUUGAUAUAAGUGAAAAAAGUGAUAAGAAUGAAAAAAAUGAUCUCAUAAAGACGGUGCCAGGCGCAACCGAUCCCGCUAUUGAUUAGUGGCAACGUAGACGCAGGGCUACAACUAAGUCAGCGUUAAAAUCAAGAGCUAUUAACAUUACAACUAAUAUAAAAUAUAUCACACUCUAGCGCAUUUGCUCCAAAUAAUAGCACAUUUAGCAUCACAACUAACAUUUUUGGCACCAUCACCACCGACCGACCGUAAUUGCAUUACUACCACAGGCUAGCUCCUUCAUCAUUAAACCGCCUACAUACAAACAUUUAUAAUAAAAGCUCAAUAGUACUUAAUGAGCUGUAUACGACAGCUGGAACGAAGUCUGCAUGUUUUUUUGCCAAUUUUUAUUAUUAAUAAUAAAAUUAUAUGUGUACCAGUAUGAUAUAUAUGCCUAUUACUAUUACUAAUUAUAAUUAUAAAGGAAGUUUUAAACGGCCUGCAAAUCUUAUAUAUAGUUAAGCGAAAUUGUUAUUACUUUCUUCUUCCCUUUUUAUCAUUAUAAAUCUUAAGGCAAAUUCAUAGACGAGAUAAAGGAAAUAAAAAAUACUUGCAACUUUAUUUCAGUUAUACUAAUGAAAACUACAUAUAUACAAAAGUUGCUGUCUUUAUUACGUCUAUACGCCUCCAAGUAUUUCACUAAAUUAGCAUUAAUUGUUUAUUAUAUAUAUGUAUAUAAUUGCAUAUAUACAUAUAUAGCGAUAAGUAUUGAAUUGUUUAUUAAAUUACGAAUGAAAGAGAACUUGUAUUCAUAAAUGAAGUAUUUAUUUGCUCUAAACUAUUAUUAUUUUUAUUAAUUAAUAUAAUAUUUGAAAAAGUCCAAUUUAUGUUGAAGCUAUUGGUAAAUUGGAAAAAAUGUAAACAAGUAAACAUAAAUGUAUUUCAAGUCUUAUCUAAAUAAGUCCAGCAACAAAAUCUUUGUGUAUGAAUUUAAAAAUGAAAAUCAAAAGAAAUUCAAUAAAAUGUUACCGGUUUUAUGUGAAAUUAAA